UUUCCCCCUUUGCCCUUACCUACAAUGGCCGCUCCGAAGCUCUGAAGUAAAGGGGAGCAUGCGCGGGUUUGACGUCUGUGGGUUGCCGCAGCCCCGCAAGGAAGAUGGCGGCGCUCAGGGCUUUGUGGAGAUUGCGGGCACCUUCAGGGUCAUGGAGACAGGGGAUUGCGCUGGGGGCGGCGCCCAGCAGGUAAUACCCCCCACCCUUUUCACACCACCCUGGAAAUAGCUUUUCCCUCUUUUCGUUUUAAUGACUGAGGGUCUACCGUUACGGCUACGCGGCUCCCUUCCCACCCCGGUGAAUUUCUAGAGAAAUGUCAAGGUCCUAGUCCUCAUGGAAGCCGUGCUAUGACGUGAGACCUCUGCCCUCCAAUCGCCUUUGCAGAAGGACGCUUGUGAGGAAAGGCGCCCUCUGCAUAUGCCCAGAGGCAGCGUCUCUGCCCAUCGCACCGUGCGUUUCUGUUCAGAGGCCAAAGACUGAAAGAGGUUUGGGGGAGAGAAGAGAUGAACCUCAAUUCAAAUGACGUUCUGCGUUGCAUGUAGGGCAACCCCUUUUGUCGCUGGGGGUGGGAGUGGGGAACCAUAUGUUGGACCAUAGUUCUUAACAUAAAUGCACACACACCCGUCCUGCAUAGCUGUCAACGUUUCCCUUUUUUAAAGGGAAAUUCCCUUAUUCCGAAUAGGAUUCCUCACAAGAAAAGGGAAAAGUUGACAGCUAUGCAGGCUGAUGAGAGUUGGAGUCCAGCAGCAUCAGUCCCCAGGCCUGGAUUCAUUUUCUAUAUGCUCUUGCAUGGUAAGGUAAAUGUAUAAAGGUAAAGGACCCCUGGAUGGUUAAGUCUAGCCAAAGGUGACUAUGGGGUUGCAGUGCUCAUCUUGCUUUCAGGCCGAGGGAGCCGAUGUUUGUGCCAGCCUGACUAAAUCGCUUCUGGUGCAACGGAACACUGUGAUGGAAACCAGAGUGCACGGAAACGCUGUUUACCUUCCCGCCACGACGGUACCCAACGCUGUUUACCUUCCCACUUCUACCCAUCCGCUCAGCUCCUUGGAGGGAUAAAGGGGGGCCAAUUCUCUCCCCAUUUCCCAACUUCCUCUCUAAGAUUAAAUUCCAAAACAAAAAGUCCUUUCCCACCAAAGGAAGGUAAUAUUUUGGCUUUAUCAGUACUUUGUCAAGGCCAAUUCACUAUGCUCAGUAAAGAAAACCAGUACUUCCAGCCUCUUCCCUCCCGCCCUUCCACUUUACUCACAAAAGCAGUUUUUAACAGUUAUAUAUUCCCAUAUUUACACCCAUUCACAUCAAAAUGAUUUUUGAGUACCAAUAUAAGUAAAACUAUAAUAUUAAUGUUAUUUUAAAGUCUGAUUUAGCCUAAUAUUAAGAAUGAAUAUUAUAGUUCUCUUUUUUUAUCCUGAUUUUUAACAAGCUAACAUCUUUUAAUAAAAUAAGUCCACAAUUAUAAUUCCAUUAGGUUAGAUGUCUUCAACACUCUGAAAGAUCAAAAAUUUCUUUUCCAAAAGUACCGUAGAUUCAGUCAGUCCAAUCUUUCUUCCAGAGAGGAAAUUUGUAGUAUUCUUCCAUUAAAUAACAUUGCAAUCCUUCUCCGCUUUGUCCUCCAUUUUAAGUCAAGUUCAAUCACAGCAUAGGAGAGAUUCAAGUUCAAAUUGAGUUCAAGUCAAGUUCGAUGUUUUAAAAAAUAUUGAGAUUAGUAUAAACGAAAGCUAUGUGUAAUCUUUUAAUCCUUAUUGUUCAUUAGUUAACUUAUCUCCCAAGGUAAACUUCAUCAACACUUCACUUGUAUGUAUUUCAUGCUCAUAGCACCAGGAACGGGAGCAAACUUCCUUUUAACACUCCCGUUCUCCCUCUACCCCACCGAAUCAAUCAAAUUAAACAGUCCUCACCUUUGCAGUCAGCUUUAAUAUACUGGAAUGGUAACCACUUGUGGCUGGAUCAGAGGCUUUGCUUCACGGAGCUGCAAUGGUUCCUAGUUCACCGGCGCUUUCACUCGGCUUCACCCCCACCCUCUGCACCUCUCGGGAUGGAGAACAGAAACCUGCAAUGCCGAGGCGCCGUCUGUGAACAGCAGGACCCCGAGACACCCCAAUGCUCCUCUUGGGCUUGGGGGGGGGGGGGAAGCGCAUCACCCUUUUGCUCUUCCCCGGAGGCUCCAUGAGGCCGAAUCUGACAGAGCUGUCAGAUCCGCCGUCCAUCCGCCAUGUUGCGGGAACCCAGAAGUGAUGGUUUUUCAUUCUUUUGCAUAGUGCAGGCUUCCUCAACCUUGGCCCUUAAGAUGUUUUGAGACUACAAUUCCCAUCAUCCCUGACCACUGGUCCUGCUAGCUAGGGAUCAUGGGAGUUGUAGGCCAAAAACAUCUGGAAGGCCAAGGUUGAGGAAGCCUGGCAUAGUGUAUGUGUGCUUUGUGGGUAGGUUCGUUAUUUGUUUGUCUUUGUUGGCAGUGCGAGAGGUUGGAAUCUAUGUUUUAAAUUUUGUGUAUAGUGCGCUUUUAUUUUCGCCCCUGUAAGCUGCUUUGAGAUGUGGUAUAAAUUCCUUAAAUACAAAAAUAAACUUGUGUUGAGCUGCCAGUAAAAUAAAUAAAUAAAAAUACAGUGGUACCUCGGGUUACAGACGCUUCAGGUUACAGACUCCGCUAACCCAGAAAUAGUACCUCAGGUUGAGAACAGAAUGAGAACAGAAAUUGUGCUCCUGCAGCAUGGCAGCCGCUGGAGACCCCAUUUAGCUAAAGUGGUAUCUCAGGUUAAGAACAGUUUUAGGUUAAGAACAGACCUCCAGAACGAAUUAAGUUCUUAACCUGAGGUACCACUGUACAGUGUUGGGCUGGUCUUACGGACAACUGACUCAAAGCCAGGAAAACAAAUCUGGAGCCAGAUCUGGUGCAUGUCUCCCAAGGUCAGCAUCUAUCCUAGUGCCAAGGCUUGCCCUAAAACACAAGCUAGUCAGCAUCCUAUUUUCAGGUUCAUACUGAGUGUUGCUGCCUGAGCAGAUCUUAACAUUUCUUCUUCCCUUCCUUAGAGGAAAGCAGUGGCAGCCUGAUGUGGAGUAUGUCCAGCAGUAUGGAGGCGCUGUCAUGUAUCCCACAAAAGAGAUGGAAAAAUGGGUCCCUCCUCCCUGGAACGGUGAGUUUCCUCCAUAAAACUGAAUGGAGUCUCCAUCUCAUGUGGAGUUUCUCAGUGGGAAGAAAUAUAAUAUUGUUCUGCUGUAUUUAUUGAUGUAGCAGUGUUUCUCAUACUUGGGUCCCCAGCUGUUUUUGGACUACAGCUCCCAUAAUCUCUGACCACUGGUUCUGCUUGCUAGGGAUGAAGGGAGUUGUAGUCCAAAAACUAGCUUAAGUCAAUUAAUUUCAUGGGGUCUGCUUUUGAGUAGGUUGGCUUCCAUGUUGGAUCAAUUACAGAACAUCCACACAUAAUCAAAAUAAAACAAUCUCAUUAAAAAACAAACACAGUGUGUGAAGAAACUAGCUUUAGAAAGGUAAAAUCCUCAUUUGUUGCUAUGCCCACUUUUGCCUCUGGCCUUGCUCACUACUGGGCAAUUAUGGGUAGCAUAAUUUUAUUAUUAUUACAUUAUUAUUAUUAUUAUUAUUAUUAUUAUUAUUACUAGGUGGCGCCUGGAAGGUUCCCCCUUCUUUGCCCUUACCUUUGUACAGUAAGCUACCUUCAGCCACACAAAACCCCGAGGUUUCUACACCCACCCACCCUUCUCUGUCUCCUGGUCAGCAAGGGGCAUCAUCACAGUUCAAUGACACAUUCUAGCCAGAAAAAAAUGCUUGCAAAAGAGACACAGCAGGGCUGGUAAGCAGUGUGGCUUGGGAGGGUGUGUGGCCUGCAGAGAGCCCCGAGGCCCUCAAGCCUGAGUUUCCCCAUCCCUGGGUAAAAGUAAUAUCCUUUGCUCCUCCCACUUUUGCUUCUUGCCCCACCCACAGAUGUGUUUCCCCAGUUGCUGGCCUACGAGUAAGUGCAGCCGUUAGCUUGAGGAAGGUCUCCCUUCUCCUGCCUUACCAGCAAGAUGUCUCACAUGUGCUCUUCUGACCCCAACAGACAAGGACCCGCCCUUUGAGAAAAAUGUCUCCAAUCUGACCGUCAACUUUGGGCCUCAGCACCCUGCGGCUCAUGGGGUCUUGCGUUUGGUCAUGGAGCUGAGCGGGGAGUCUGUGAAGAAAUGUGACCCCCACAUCGGCUUGCUUCACCGGGGCACCGAGAAGCUGAUAGAGUACAAGACCUAUCUCCAGGUAAUCGUGGCAGGAGCUGCUCUUGCACUCUGGUCCCGCUUGCAGGCUUCCCAUCACGGGCCUCCAGUUGGCCACUGUGAGAACAGGACAUUGGGCGAGAGGGACCACUGGCCUGAUCCAGUCAAACUCUUAAUAUGUUCUGAAGAUCCUGGAGCAAGUCUCUAGCUGCUUUCAAACUAUCCUUUUCUGGCCCAGGCUCUGCCCUACUUUGACCGGCUUGACUACGUCUCUAUGAUGUGCAACGAGCAAGCCUACUCCUUGGCAGUGGAGAAGCUGCUCAACAUCCGUCCGCCCUUGAGGGCUCAGUGGAUCCGAGGUGAGUAAGCAAAGCAGGCAGCUUACGAGGGUGUGUCUCGCAGCUAGCAAAUGAAGCAGUGCAACUGAACUGCAGCCCAUGUUUCCUCCUUGGUUUGUGUACCUUUAAACAAGCUAACAUCAGGGAAGGGGAACCUGUGUCCCUCCAGAUGUUGUUGGACUCCGGCUCCCAUCAUCCCUGCCUGCCUGUUGGUUGUGUUGGCUGGGUGUCAGGGCAGGUGUUGGGGUCAGGUCAGCAAUAACUCAUGUGUCAGUGAAGUUAACUCUUUAUUCAAAGAAACAAGCACAGCUCAGGCCAGUGAGCACAACAACUCUUCACAGCAGAACUAGUCCCAAUGAGGCAGUUGCGAGGGCAGAUGCUCCCCACCUUCCCACCUCUCCUUAAGUGUCCCCCCCCCCAAGUUCUGAGGCUCCUUCAUCUUCUGUCUCUUUCCUCCACCCUCUUCAUGUCUUGGCAAAGUUCUGUGAGAGCGGGAUGGGGAGUGGGGAGCUGCCCUUUGCCCUGGCUUCUUCAGCAGCCUGCCUGAUCUCUGCCUCUUGGCCCCCCUCCUCCGCUUCUGCCUCUGAUUCUGGACUGCUCUCUGACAUAGACUCUUCUUGCUCCCUAAACCCUGUCACCUCUUCAGCUUCCAACACCUCCUGCUCCCAGUCCUCCCUUCUUCUCUUUCUGAUCAAUAUCAUCAUCCCACCACCAGGGAUCUCCUGGCUCUGGGUCUUCUUCCCUUGGGGGGGUUCCCCAGCUAGUGCCUCCCACCUCUCCUCUGCAUCCAGCCAGCCCAUCACAUUGGGGAGGAUGUGAGUGGGUCACGGGUACCUCACCCCUUCACUGUGUCCUAGGCCUCAGUCCUAAAGACACUAACUAAGGAGUGAACCCCUUUGAGUUCCAUGGGGCUGAGUAAACAUGCUUAGGAUCGUAGCAUUUAAUAUGUGCCCUAUCUCUCCUCCCCAUCCAUUUCCUUACAUGCCCCCGGUUCUGCGUUCACAGUAGCUAACCUGAGUCUCUGCCUCCUUUCCAGUUCUCUUUGGCGAAAUCACACGUCUCCUGAACCACAUCAUGGCCAUCACAACCCACGCCCUGGACAUUGGGGCCAUGACUCCUUUCUUCUGGAUGUUUGAGGAGAGGGAAAAGGCAAGUACUCUUGGAUCCAGCGCUGUCAUCGGAGACGCAAGUGGCCUUGGUGGCAUGGAGUGCCAUCUGCCAGCUUCAACACCGGCUGCCCAUUUGUUCCCAGACAAGUUUCAGAGUUCUAGUUUUGAACUUUUAAAUCCUCAUGUAUCAAAACUGCCUAGGUGAUCAUUAGGCAAGCCCUCUACCCUGCCAUCUCCAGUAGAGGGAUAAGACUACUGGCAUACCUCCCUAGAUGGUUGUUAGGGUGACAUAUAAGAAGGGACUUCCUGACUCUGCUCAAGGUAUUCUCUGAUUCCACACACAUCCCUCAAAAACGGUGCCAGGUUCAUUGUCCUGAGCAUAUUAACCUCUGUUUUUAAAAAGUAAUUGACAAGGUUUCUAGUCCUGAUUAUUGUGGAAGCCUGCAUUAGAACUCUGUGCACAAAGUCAGAACCCAAAAAAAGUUCUUGGGGGUGGUGGGACGAGGCAUAAAUGCCCUACUGCACCUUGCAUCUCCUGCUAGUUUCUAAAUGAUGCAAAAGAAGCAAGCCCGGGCAGAUUCCAUAAAACCCACAACUCUUUCUGGUCCCUGUGGCACAGCGUACACGGAGAGUUAGAAUCCUAGAAUCGUUGAGUUGGAAGGGACCACGAGGGUCAUCUAGUCCAACCCCCUGCAAUGCAAGAAUCUUUUGCCCAACCUGGGGCUCAAACCCACAACCUUGAGGUUAAGAGUCUCCUGCUCUACUUACUGAGCCAUGCACAGGGCUCUUGCUCAGCGGUGUAGGAACGUUAUUCUCUCUUAUCCCAGUGCUGCCUGCCGUGAUGUGUGGCAGCAUCCUGACACCUCAAGCACGAAGUUCGUAGCUGUGCGAACUUGGGAUGUUGGGGAUGAAACCAAGAAACCUACAGCCUUUGACAGUCUGGUGCCUUCUAGGUAUUUGGGACUGCACCUCCUAUCAGCCCCAGCCAGGCCUAGUCAAAAACACUGAGCGUUGCAUAGCAUCAUAGAAUUGUAGAGUCCUUGGAAGACACGCCAAGGGUCAUCUAGUCCAACCCUGCUCUUGUCAGCCCCAGCCAGCCUUAGCCCAAAAGAAGGCAUCAGGUGGGGAAGCCACUGGCUCAUGGCAGAAUGGGAGAGGCGAGUUGGGAGCUGUCCACAGGAUUGCACCUGUAAAAUGUUCCCCUUCCCUCCCUCUUUGUCUGCCUUCCAGAUGUUUGAAUUCUACGAGCGGGUGUCUGGAGCCCGGAUGCACGCUGCUUACGUCCGACCAGGAGGGGUACACCAGGUGAGAAGGCUGCUUUGUGACCAGACAGGUGGACAGCCAGGUUGGAUUGGGCAGGUCUGAAGACUUGUUUUUCACAGAGACGGGAAGACCACUAGUUCUCCAGGACCUCUCUCUCUCUCCAUGGGUUGUAUCCACUGUCGGUUCUAGUCUUAGUUGAACACAAUCCCAAAAUGUCUUUUCAGCAUCUGCUCCUCUCUUCUUCUCCAUCCCUGUCACUCAGGACAUGCCUCUCGGGCUGAUGGAUGACAUCUAUGAGUUUGUGAAGAAUUUCUCCAUCCGGAUAGACGAGGUGGAAGAGGUGAGGCGUUGUUGACAAACGGGGGGUGGGGGCAGCCCUUACCAUGAGGUUUCUCGGUGACCACCCAAGCUACUGUGGCAGGCUCCUGCUGUUUGGGUUUUUUAAAAUCCCUCUUGAGGGUGCCAGUCAAACAAAUGUGCUUUCUUUCAGCCAUCCUAUGCUCCUCCCCUAGUUUCCCCUCCAACAGGCAGGCAGUAUUUCAUGCCUACUGAGCACAUUAAGUUUUCAUGGGAGUUGGGGGGGCACUCCUUGAGAUUGUUUGUUUUCCCCCCAAAGAUCUUUUGUACUUGUAAAAGAUGUAUCUUUUCACUCAGAUUCUCCCUGAGCCAAAAGAUCAGACCCCGUUUUCAUCUGUAUGAAUUCCUGCUUUUGUUUCAAGGGUAUUAAUGUUGUAUUUUUGUUUCAACAGUGCUGUUUUUAUGUUGUACACCACCUAGAGGUUUCCUUUUUAUAGAAGUGGCUUUAACUGCUUGAAAUAAAAUAAAUACUUCUGCAAACCAGAGUUAAAAUUAACAACAGUUUCAGGCUCUAGCACCCGUGCUAAAGAAGGAGCAGGGGAAGAAGAGUCCUAGGCUUGUGCUGGUCACAGUAAACCAUAGUUUAUUGCGUUUAAGCUAUGGCUUAUCAUGCUUAAACUAUGGUUUGUUGUGACAUCCACACUCUCUGUUCUUCUCCAUGGUUUCUUCCUUUUAAACCAAGGUUGGGGAGCCUGUGACCCUCUAGAUCUUGUUGGGGUCCAGCUGCCUGUAAUCAGGAUAGCCCAAUGGUUGGGGAUGAUGGGAGGUAUAGUUCAAUAGCACCAACCCUAUCCUAAGAGAAAUAUAAAACAGAACCUGAUAAUUGUGCCAUGAGCACAACUGCCUAGUUGGAAAUCAGUGAUCUGAAGGGGGAAGAGCUGGUUGGGGUUCCCCACUCCUCCAAUAUUCCACGGCUCAGUUAGUCGUAUCUUUUCUUUCCCUCCAUCCCUCCAGAUGCUGACAAACAACCGAAUCUGGAAAAACCGGACAGUUGAUAUUGGAGUGGUGACGUCGGAGGAAGCUCUCAAUUAUGGUUUUAGGUAACGGAGCAGUGAAAUCACGUGGUGAAGCUGGUGUCCACCAGGAUUAGGGCGUCCUGCACUGUGUGGGUGCUCACUUUAACCUUGGGCACAAAAGCUGCGUUUUCCCUCCUGCAUCUCUCCUCUUCCUCUUUCCCCGUCAGCGGAGUGAUGCUUCGUGGCUCAGGGAUCCAGUGGGACCUUCGCAAAACCCAGCCGUACGACGUCUACGACCAGGUGGAGUUCGAUGUCCCGAUUGGGUCACGAGGCGACUGCUACGACAGGUGUGGUUCCGCUUUCUGGAGGGGGGUUUACCUGCACUUGGUGGUCUGCACGCCCCCAAGAGCUUGUCCAGCAACUUCUCAGUAAUAGUAUGCAAUGCCUCAAAAAGCACAAUGUCUCUCUCGUCAUAAGAGCAGUCAAAAUGGUUCAUCCAAUGUCUUCCUCUGCUGCGAUGGGUCGUGGAUUCCUUCCAAAGUCUCCCACUUUUGAAAUAUUAUCUCACCUGCCUACAGAUUUUGACUUGACUUUCUAGCCAAGUCCAUUAUGAGCUGUCACUGCCGACCCCUCCUUCCCCCAAUUCUUGUGGCAAUUGCAGAGAGCUUGGAUUGAAAAGAGCCAUGCUUGUGUUGGCUUGGUUCGAUGCAGGAUCCCUGGGAGAAGGAGGCCCUGCCGGUCAAACAUUUCAGGACCAUGGAGAACUCCACAUGAGCAACUUGGCUCCUUGGAAGGUUGGGAGAAGAAUAAGCCUUUUUAAGCUCCUGCUCUCAGGCUCCACCUCUCUGUGAUGAGCUCUAGAUUCUUAAAGGGCCCACCCUCUGGCCUGAAGGGGGGCAGUCUGUUCCUUAGCUCCCUUCCUGGUGUGCUCUGUUAAUGGGACCUUCCUGGGAUUUCUCUCUGUCUGGUUCUUCACUAUCUAGCUCCCUGGCUUGUUGUUAAUUUUAAUAUUAGUGUUGGGUGGUACCCAGCCAAGUUCUGUAUAGUAUUUGAUUAUAUCCAAUGUUAGUCUAGUCAAAACAGACCCAUUGAAAUUAAACAGCAUGCAUAACUUAGGCUCAGUGGGUCUGCUCUGAGUAGAAUUUAGUUGGCCAAAACCGAUUAGCCUAAGUUAUUCAUGUUGAUUUAUUUAAGCAGGUCUGUUCUAAGUAGGACUAACAUUGGGUACAAACCGAUAAAUUUAUAUCCCACCUUUCGUUCAAGGGGCUCAAAGUGGCAUGUGUGGUUCUCCCCUUUUCCAUUUCAAGGUUUUUCCCCGGCCCCCCACUUCAUUCUCACAAAACAGCCCUGCGAGGUAACUUAGACUGAGAGACAGGCACUGGCCUAGUGAAUUUGAUGGCCAGGUUUGAACCCUGGUCUCCCAGCUGCUAGUCCAACACUCUAACCACUAUGCCACACUAGUUGCUCAAGACUAGUUCGGUCUACACCGUUGUGUUUUUUUACUAGAACGCCCAACGUUUUAUUUAUUGCAUUUGUAUCUCACCUUGCUGCCAAGGAACUGAAUGUGGUAUUUGCCCUUCUCCUCCAAUUCUGUUUCAUCUUCACAACAACCCUGUGAGGUAGGAGGGGCUGAGAGACCAUGACCACUGCCCCACCCACCCACCCCUGGCGAGCUUCAUGACUGAGUUAGGGGUUUGAAUUCUCACCUUUAACCAUUACCCCACACUCCCUCACAGGUACCUGUGCCGAGUGGAGGAGAUGCGCCAAUCCCUCCGUAUCAUCUUGCAGGCCCUCAACAAGAUGCCCGAGGGGGAGAUCAAAGUGGACGAUGCCAAAAUCUCCCCUCCAAAGCGGGCAGAGAUGAAGGUAACAAAACCAUCCCUGAGCUGAGGUGGCACCUCCUAGUGGUGAAACGGGGAAGCUCUCCUUUGUCUGGGUUUUACAGUACAGUGGUACCUCAGGUUAUACGCUUCAGGUUACAAACUCCGCUAACCCAGAAAUAGUACCUCAGGUUAAGAACUUUGCUUCUGGAUGAGAACAGAAACCGUGCUCCGGCGGUGCGGCGGCAGCAGGAGGCCCCGUUAGCGAAAGUGGUGCUUCAGGUUAAGAACAGUUUCAGGUUAAGAACAGACCUCCGGAACGAAUUAAGUACUUAACCCGAGGUACCACUGUAUCUGAAGAAGUGUGCAUGCACAUGAAAACUCAUACCAGUAACAAACUUAGUUGCUCUCUAAGGUGCUACUGGAAGGAAUUUUUUUAUUGGGUUUUACAGUGUGCGUGUAUCUUUUAUUCCCCCUCGCCAGACUUCCAUGGAGGCCCUGAUCCACCACUUCAAGCUGUACACAGAGGGAUACCAAGUGCCCCCUGGAGCUACGUACACAGCUAUAGAGGCACCCAAGGUACCGUCCUGUGCUCUGAGCAGUUGGAGGGAACAGCGGACCGGCAACAAAAUGGAGAGCUCCCAUUCUGGGCUCCAGCCAGACACGCCCUUUCCCUGGAUAUUCCGCCACUCUGAUCUCCCUCUUUCCCAUUGCUUCUUCCUGCACCAAACCGAUAUUCAGCAUUCUGUAGCUACUGAGCAUGCUCAGUCCACGCUGGGCUGUGGUUGGGUUUCCUUGGUGCAUUUUAAAGAUAUUGGUGCAUUUUUAAGAUAUUCCCCCACCACCACCAAAAAAAGAUUUGUCCCCUUACUUCUGGAAGCCCCAGGAUGCUUGCAAGUAUGCUGAUUCCACUUUCUUCAUCGUAGGCCCCAUUUUUACUUCAAUCUGGUCAGUGCCUGAGUUUGCUGUCAGUAGGGUCGCCAGCCAAAUCUUGCCCUCUGGUAUACCUCCUUCUUACCAUGAGAGCAUCUGUGGAGCUUAAUUCUCAGCCUAGACUCACAGUUCCCAGGGUUCCCUGGGAAGAGAGAAUGAUUGUUAAACUACUCUGAUAACUGUAGCUCUUUUAGGGGUGUCCUAACAACCCUCAGAAGGGAAGCAGGUGGUGCUGUGGGUUAAACCACAGAGUCUAGGACUUGCCGAUCAGAAGGUCAGCGGUUCGAAUCCCCACAACGCGGUGAGCUCUCGUUGCUCAGUCCCUGCUCCUGCCAACCUAGCAGUUUAAAAGCACGUCAAAGUGCAAGUAGAUAAAUCGGUACCGCUCCGGCGGGAAGGUAAACAGCGUUUCCGUGCACUGCUCUGGUUCGCCAGAAGCGGCUUUGUCAUGCUGGCCACAUGACCCGGAAGCUGUACGCCGGCUCCCUCGGCCAGUAAAGCGAGAUGAGCGCCGCAACCCCAGAGUCGGCCACAACUGGACCUAAUGGUCAGGGGCCCCUUUACCUUUAACAACCCUCAGCAGCCUCAACAAAGUGUAGCUCCCAGGACUCUUUGCAAGAAAACCGUGACUCUUUAAAGCAGUACAAUACAGCUUUAAAUGCAUAGUGUGGACGUGUCCUUUUUUAUGUUGCCUGCCUCUUCUCAUUGGAGUCCCAGAAUCCUUUGCAACUCUCUCAUUGGGGAAGUUCUAAAGCCACCUCUGCUUCAAGCUCUCUCCCCGCCCUCUCACACCCCAUGUACCAUGGUAACCCGGCUUCCCAAUUUGGGUCAUCUAAAUCUCCUCUCCUCUGCUCCUCUUCAUUCUCAUCCUGCAGGGGGAGUUUGGUGUGUACCUGGUCUCUGAUGGAAGCAGCCGGCCCUACCGCUGCAAGAUAAAGGCUCCAGGAUUCGCCCACCUGGUAAGAGGGACAAGGGAGGAAAGGGGAAAUGGCCGGUGCCCAUUGGGACUGGCGGGGUGGGAGGCAGGUAGGUGGCGCCAGAGCCAACCAAGGGCAGACCCAACUAUCCCUAUGUUCUACAAGGGCAACUCUGAGAUUGAGAAGGAGGAGGAAGCUGAUAGGCUGGGCCACCCUCUGGGCUGAAUGUAAGAAAGAAGGCAGGCAGAGGGGCUGGGGGGGGGCUGGCUGAGGGUCGAGUGAGGCUAGGGCAGUGUACCCUUUGUCUGUCCCAAAUGAGGCACCUGUAGAAAACCCAACAAAGGAAGCUGCAAUGCGUUCUAUGUGGGGCUACCUUUGAAGGUGACCCGGAAACUACAACCAAUCCAGAAUGCGGCAGCUAGACUUUUGACUGGGGGCAGCCGCCGAGACCAUAUAACACCGGUCUUGAAAGACCAACACUGCCUCCCAGUACGUUUCCGAACACAAUUCAAAGUAUUGGUGCUGACCUUAAAGCCCUAAACGGCCUCGGUCCAGUAUACCUGAAGGAGCGUCUCCACCCCCAUCGUUCUGCCCGGACACUGAGGUCCAGCACCGAGGGCCUUCUGGCGGUUCCCUCACUGCGAGAAGCCAAGUUACAGGGAACCAGGCAGAGGGCCUUCUCGGUAGUGGCACCUGCCCUGUGGAACGCCCUCCCACCAGAUGUCAAAGAGAACAACAGUUACCAGACUUUUAGAAGACAUCUGAAGGCAGCCCUGUUUAGGGAAGCUUUUAAUGUUUAAUAGGUUAUUGUAUUUUAGUGUUCUGUUGGAAGCCGCCCAGAGUGGCCGGGGAAUCCCAGCCAGAUGGGCGGGGUAUAAAUAAUAAAUUAUUAUUAUAUUGUUAUUAUAUAAGCUUCUUGAUAUCAGUAAGCUAGGGUGGGGACGGUCAUGGCAAGCCCUGCCCCUCCUUCUUUGCCUUGGGAAAAGCAGAUGGCAAUACGUCAGAUUUGGUUAGGUGUCCUUGCCGCAUGUUUUAAUAGAACAGCACUGGAAAUAUUUGCUCAGGGGGCUGGCAGGGGGAAUUUCCCGGCUCUUCCUUGAACUAUUUCUGGUAGUCAUUCUUCCUUACAGGCUAGGAGAGUUCAGCAUUGCAAAAAGAGGGACUGUAUGCUUCUUCUCAUUUGUUUGACUGGCAUGUUGUUGUUUUUUGCUUGUGUGUGUGCUUGUGUGUGUGUGUAGGGGAUGUUUCCUUCCUCUAUUGUGUUCCUCUUCUCGUCACCUAGAGUUGGGAAAACUCUGUGUUUCGGUUGUGGUUUCGGGUGCACAUGCAGGGAGGGUAAUGUGAGUUCUGCAUGGUACAAAAAAAACUCAUUCAAAACUUGUCGUGUUUCCAGAAAAAUGCUGACCCCUCUGAAUCUUGUCUCCGAGUUAAGCAAAUUCCCGUGUUUCUUUUUACAUGAUUCCUUUUCAGUUGAACUUGCAAGAGAGGCAAAUUGAUCUCUCCAGAUCACUGGGCCUCUCAACCGCGGAAAACCUAAUUCACAGCACAAACUUACAUGUUACAUGUUUCUUCAGAAGUUGGUCCUGUUGAGUUCAGCGGGGCUAAGCCCUGAAAAGUAGGUGCAAGUGUGGAGUCUUAGAACGGUCCUGGAUUAAUAGAAUUGUAGAGUUGGAAAAGGGACCCUGAGGAUCAUCUAGUCCAACCCCCUACAGUGCAGGAAUAUGCAGCUGUCCCAUAUGGGAAUCAAACCUGCAACCUUGGCAUUUCAGCACCAUGCUCUAACAAACUGAGCUAUCCAGGCUGGCUUCAUAUGACUUCAGCAGGAAUUGUUUGCUUGGUGCAUUUGUGUUUUUUUUUAAAAAAUAAACCCUCAAGUUUCUAGACCUUGUGAAAUGCUUUUUAAAAUCAAGGCUGAGAUUCCUCAGCAAGUUAAAUUUGGUUUCCAGUUCUGCUUUUUCCCUCCUGUCACAUUUGUGGUGGGAGGCUGUUUAGGAGAACAUGUUGAGCCAGGUGUGGUGAACCUUUGGCUCUCCCAGAUGUUGCUGGACUACAAUCCCCAUCAUCCCUGACCACUGGCCGUGCUUGCUGAGGCUUAUGGGAAUGGUCAUUCAGCAACAUCUAGAGGAGGAGCAGUUCCCCACAUCUGGUGUAAGCCACCUGUGUGCUGUUUUUAUUCCACUUCCUGACACUUCUAAACCUUGAAUUAGGGAUGGGGAAGGCAUGAUCCUCCUUGCACACACCCCUCUCCAUCCAGGCAAGGAAAAGGAAUGAUCAGAGUUUAGGCAAAAGCACUGAAGGAAAGUACAAAGCAGGGCCCUUGGUGGGCUGGAGGUGCAGUGAGAGUCCUGAGGGCCAGAUAGAGACUUUGGGGGCCGCAUGUGGCCCCUGGCCCUGACAUUCCUCACCCCUGUACUGCAGGGAGGAUGGUCUGACCAGCUCUUUGCUUCUCCUGAUCUUUUUAUCUCUUUGCCCCAUCCAUCUAACAUUUAAUUCUAUUGAAAACAAGCAAACACCAAAUCCAUAGACAUUCUUAAAUGUUCGCCUCCCCUACCCAUUUCUGCAGGCUGGGCUGGAUAAGAUGUCGCAAGGUCACAUGCUUGCGGACGUGGUGGCCAUCAUCGGUAGGUCUGACUUCCAUUCUUUUCGUUUGACUUUUUGGCUGGCGGAGGGGGAGGGGAGGGGGAGGGGGAGGGCAGGCAGGUGGGAAGCAGGUAACUGUAGCUCUAUGAGGUGCACCUGCCUGGAGAUUUCCAGGACUGAACCUGGGACCGUCUGCAUGCCAAGCAGGUGCUUAUAAUCCAUGCAGGCAGAAUGAUGCCCCUUUGGCAGAAGAGAUAGCAGCUUGCCAGUAGCAAGAUGGAGGAUUCCGGUGGCGGAAUUCCCAGGGACUCGGUCUGCAGUGCUCACUGUGCCCACUCAGAAGCAAAUCCCAUUAAAUUCAAUGGGACAUAUGUUCAAGGAGGUGGGGUUAGGACUGCAGCCUCAGUCUCUCAGCUGCUGUAUGAGGGUCAGGAAACCUGCAGCACUCUCCAAACGUUUCUGGACUUCAGCUCCCAUUAUCCCUGACCAUUGGCUGCGCUGGCUGGGGUUACUGGGAGCUGGAGUCCAAUAACAACUGGAGGGACAUAGUUUUCCCCAUCCUUAAAUGCUUCCUCUCCGAGGCUAAUUUACCGUAUUUUUUGCUCUGUAGGACGCACUUUUUCCCCUCCAAAAAUUAAGGGGAAAUGUGUGUGGGUCCUAUGGAGCGAAUGCAGGAUCCUUGGCUUCAGCGAUAGCAACGCGAAGCCUCCGAAGUGCAGAGGGAGCGCUCUCUACGUGCUCCGGAGGCUUCGCGUUGCUUUUGCUGAAGCCUGGAGAGUGAGAGGGGUCGGUGCGCACCGCCCCACUCGCUCGAGCUGUGCGCACCGACCCCUCUCGCUCUCGAGGCUUCGGGGAUAGCUGCCUGAAGCCUCCGGAGCACAGCGCGAGUUCCCGCUGCGCUCCACAGGCUUCAGGUUCCUUUUGCUGAAGCCGGGAGAGCAAGACUCUCCCGGCUUCAGCAGAGAGGGAGAGCUGCGCAGCGCCCCUUCAGCCAAGCAGGAGGAGAAAUGGAAGGGGCUCCGUUUCUCCUGCUGCUUUGCUGAAGGGCCGCUGAGCAGAGAGGGGGAGAAUAUUUUUUUCUUGUUCUCCCCCUCUAAAACAAGGUGCGUCCUAUAGAGCGAAAAAUACGGUAAUCCACAGUUGAGCCAUCAGAUCUGGGUCUACCUCCUCCAUGGAGGAUCUGAUUGUCAGACAAGACCAGGGGUCCGUAAACUUUUUCAGCAGGGGGCCUGUCCACUGUCCCUCAUACCUUGUGGGGGGGCAGACUAUAUUUUGGAAAAAAGGAAAAUGAACAAAUUCCUAUGCCCCACAAAUAACCCAGAGAUGCAUUUUAAAUAAAAGGACACAUUCUACUCAUGUAAGAACACGCUGAUUCCUGGACCGUCCACAGGCCGAAUUUAGAAGGUGAUUGGGCCAGUUCUGGCCCCCGGGCCUUAGGUUGCCUACCCAUGGACAAGACGACGUUUCCCUCUGAGCACAUUCGGAAAGUGUUUCUCUCAUCGUGGAACGAGCAGAGGGAGUUGACUCGUACCAAGUGUCAGAGCAGGUGUGGGGAACCUCUGGACCUCCAGAUGUUGCCAAUGGCCAUGGAUGAUGGGAGCUGUCAUUCAGGAACAUCUGGAGAGCCCACAUUUGGGAGAGUUUCCAUAAUGGAGUUUGUGGGGUGGGCCAAGUUGUCUGCUAACAUUUGAUGAUGGGCAUCCCGUUUUCCUAAAAAGCGAAGCACUGGGUUGCAGCAGAGCAGCCUGCUUCCUAGGCAUGCUUCUUCCAGGAGCAAGUCCCAUCACAUUGUGAAGUGUGGCUGGGACUGCAACCCUUCAAUGCCCUCCGCUGCCAAAUGUCUAACAUGAAGGCUGUAGGCACCAUCCCUGGCAGCUUUCACGCCUCUCCUCCUCCUCUUCCUCAGGCACCCAGGACAUCGUCUUUGGCGAAGUGGAUAGAUAAGCAUUGAGCCCCCUGGAGUGAACCACAGCGUCUCCUCACAGAGGGGGAUUCCCUCCUGAAUUGGCACCUCCCAGCAAGGACCGUUGAUGCACCGUCCUUCCUCUCUUUUGUUGGUGUCUCUCUGUGUACAGUCUUGUGUGGCCCUCCUUGCACUGCAGGCAGGGCUUAGCUAUAAUUAAACAAAAUGCUCUCAGCAAACUCAGGGUGUGUCUCUGUGUGUUUCUGAUGAGGAAUCUGCCAGCGGGGCCUCACCUCCGCCUCCCUCAGCUUCCUCUUCCUUUGCUUAAGGCUGAAGCUCUGAGUUCUCUUUUUCCCAUUCUCUCUGUCAGUGCUGGGCCUUUUAAAAAAAAAGCAAACGCAUACACACAGACAUCAUUUUGCUUUGCAGACGGAACAGGCUGCGUUCAACCCUCGGCAGCUCCAGAGAGAACAAACUGGUUGGGAGCCAGCCUGCAGCAGCUGGGCCUAAUUUGGCCAUGUUUAUUUCUUCAUUAUUUCCAUUUCUAUGCGACUUGCUGUCUGAAAAAUUCAUAUACAGUGGUACCUUGGUUUACGAACUCAAUUUGUUCCAGAAGUCCAUUCUUAAACCAAAGGUACGCUUUCCUAUAGAAAGUAAUACAAAAUGGAUUAAUCCUUUCCAGACUUUUAAAAACAACCCCUAAAUCAGCAAUUUAACAUGAAUUUUACUACCUAACGAGACCAUUGGUCCAUAAAGGUAAAGGGACCCCUGACCAUUAGGUCCAGUCGUGGCCGAUUCUGGGGUUGUGGCGCUCAUCUCGCUUUAUUGGCUGAGGCUUCCGGUUCAUGUGGCCAGCAUGACUAAGCCACUUCUGGCGAACCAGAGCAGUGCACGGAAACGCCGUUUGCCUUCCCACUGGAGCAGUACCUAUUUAUCUACUUGCACUUUGACGUGCUUUCGAACUGCUAGGUUGGCAGGAGCAGGGACCGAGCAACUGGAGCUCACCCUGUCACGGGGAUUUGAACCGCCGACCUUCUGAUCGGCAAGUCCUAGGCUCUGUGGUUUAACCCACAGCGCCACCUGCGUCAGCAAUAAUCAGUGUACUGUACUAUAAAAUAAGUGAAACAUUAUUGUAGAUGAUAAAAUGAAAAUCAAAAAAAUUUCUUACCUGC